GAGCACUGUACCACUGGGCUACGUCUCAACCCCUAACAAAAUAUAAGUCCUAAACUACUGAAACUUGGUUUAUAACAUCGUAGUUUCACCUAUUGAUGUUCAUCAGCUAUACGUUAAUUUUUUUUAUUUUGUUGAUUGUUAAAAGGUCUAUAAAACCACACAUGCAUAUUUAUAAUCUUUUCCCCAAAAAACAAUUCCUGGUGCUACAUGUACACAUGUAUGUAUUCACAAUUAUAAAACUACCAAAUUUAAAAUGUCAUCUUAAUUUUUUAAAGUGUGUUUAUAUGUAUUUAUUUCAGUUAGGUAAAACUUAUAAUGCAUCACACAACUAACCCCCUAUAUAGGCAGGAUUGGCCCCCUGAAGGUAGGAUGGGCAGUUAUUCUGUUGCAGGUGUAGGCAGUGAUGCGGUGACACCAGAUGAUGAUGAGGAUGCCGAUGGGCAGGCAGUUGAUCCUUGUCAACAGAAACCCAAGAAUGUGAACCUCGCGUCUGAUGUGCGCAACAUCUAUUUCAACGAUGGAGUACGUCGUAUUGACUACAUCUUGGCAUGGGACGUGAAGACGAAGAAACAAGAGGAGAGUCAACAGGCGAGGGAGAUCUUUGAAGAGAACCUCCUAAAGGAAGGACUGGAGAUCGAACAUGACUUGAGAGGCACGGAAAGUCAUUUCCUGAAAAUCCAUGCACCAAUUAAGUUGCUGUGUCGCUAUGCCGACCUUCUCAAGAUCCGAAUCCCAAUGAAACAGACACUAGCUCUUCAGCAUAUCAAGGACAAAUAUGAAGACUGGGAGAAUCCAGUGAAGGGUUUGUCAACGCGUUUGUGGGCAUCUAUUGUUGGUUGUUUUCGCAAGUUCCUGACUCCUUUCCAACUGGACGAAAAUGUACUGCCAAAGAUCAAGCGGCAGUAUACUUCUCCCUACAGCAUGGAUAAAGAAUAUCUAUUUGAAAUACCUAAAAAUAGAGAGGAAUUGUUUACCAAUGCCACAAGAAGCAGAAUAGUUGAUUUUAUUCUGAAGAGAAAGGCGUUUACAAAGGAAGAAGAAAAAGCCUACUCAUUUGGGUUCAAGAAGAUGCUGGCUGAUGGUUAUUACUCUGCAGCCUUUCCACUACAUGAGGGUCACUGGAAGCCCGGGUCAGCUGACAACCCGCGCAAGGUGUUGUUUGACUACUGGGCCAACUGGAGAAACUUCCUCAAAUUCCAGCCACACGACCACAUCAGGCAAUAUUUUGGUGAGAAGAUUGCCAUGUACUUCGCCUGGCUUGGUUUCUACACAACUAUGCUGGUUCCCGCCUCCGCCGUUGGCCUUAUUGUUUUCAUUUAUGGUUGUAUCAUCAUGUACACCAACACUGCUACCUCAGAACUCUGUGCAGCUGACAACAUUACCAUGUGUCCACUCUGCGACAAACAGUGCCCCUACUGGAAACUCAGUGAGGCCUGCACCCAUUCUGCUGCAAGUCGAAUAUUUGAUAAUGGAGCCACUGUGUUUUUUGCUGUGUUUAUGUCAUUGUGGGGGACAUUAUUUUUGGAAUUCUGGAAGAGAAGACAAGCCACAAUCCAACACAAGUGGGAUCUUACAAACUUCAUUCAUGAAGAGGAACCGCCUCGACCAGAAUAUCUUGCAACACUUCAAAACCAUGAAAUCAUGAAAGUCAAUCCUAUCACUGGGAUGAAGGAGCCACAUCUCCCGUUCUGGCGACGGAGAUUCCCCGUCUUCAUGCUGUCGUACUCCGUCAUGAUCUUCCUCGCAGCGCUCGCUAUUGGCGCUGUGAUUGGAGUGAUAGCCUAUCGAGUCUCCAUGCUCGCAGCCUUACAACUGCUGCCAAAGCAGAUUCAGGUGAACAACACGGUGGGCACAACAACCGUUAACCUCAUAUACCAGAACGCAAGUCUUGUUACCACGGUUACUGCAGCUCUUAUCAAUUUGGCAUUCAUCAUCCUUCUCAAUUUUAUUUAUGGCUACCUGGCCUUCUGGCUGACGGAUUUGGAGUGUCUGCGGACACAGAGCGAGUACGACAACAGCAUCACUCUGAAACUGUUCGCUCUGCAGUUCUGUAACUACUUCUCUUCUAUUGUCUACAUCGCUUUCUUCAAAGGGAGGUUUGUGGGACGACCAGGAAAGUACAGAACAAUAUUUGGUGCCAGACAAGAGGAGUGCGAGGCUGGAGGCUGUCUCAUCGAACUCUGCAUCCAACUGGCUAUCAUCAUGAUAGGGAAGCAACUCAUUCAGAACAACUUCAUUGAAAUAGUCCUACCGAAGUUGAUUAAGUUUGUUAAGCGAAAAUGCUCCAAAGAAACAAAGGAACAAAAGUUGGCACGGACAGCAUGGGAGAAAGAUAUGAAAUUACAACCUGCACAAAAUACUUCUCUCUUCUACGAGUAUCUGGAAAUGGUUUUACAGUUUGGUUUCCUAACUAUCUUUUGUGCUGCAUUUCCCCUUGCUCCACUAUUUUCUCUUCUCAACAACAUCAUAGAGAUUCGAACCGAUGCACUCAAGUUUAUUACACACUUAAGACGGCCGAUGGCAGAGCGGGUAGCCACAAUAGGUAUCUGGUACAGUGUUCUGUAUGGCCUUUCAAGAAUUGCUAUCAUAUCAAAUGCCUUCAUCAUUGCUCUGACAUCUGACACCAUACCACGGUUGGUGUACCAGCUGCGGUACAGUGAAGAUGGCAGUUUGAAGGGUUACAUAAAUUUCACCUUGGCUACCUUCAACACCGCAGAUUUCCAGGCUGACCAUGGUCCGGCUGACAACUUGAAAGGAAAUGUAACACAGUGCAGGUACCGUGAUUUCCGCAACCCUCCCUGGGAAGAUAGAGAGUACAGGCGAUCUGAGGUCUUCUGGCACAUCCUGGCAGCCCAGCUUGCAUUCGUCCUCGUCUUUGAGAAUGUGAUAGUGGUAAUAACCGGUCUGAUAGCGUGGUUGAUCCCAGACAUGCCCCAGGAGGUGCGGGAACAGAUCCACCGCGAAAUGUAUGUCACAAAUGAAAUCAUUCUGGAAACAGAGCUGAAGCGCGCCUACGCCAGCCACGAGGACCUGGCUGAUGAUGACCGUGACCACCGGGAUGAUCCAGCAUCGCGGUACUCGCCCAAGCUGUCCGAUGAUGAGAUACAGGUCGAGCUGACGCAUAGGAAGCCGGACAGUAACAGUGAACCACGGACUUACGUCUAGAAAUAAUAAUUCAGAGUAGAACAAAACAACUAAAAGAUCUAACUUUUCAGAUAUGAGCUUAGUCUAGUCUUAGAUUUUAGUAUGAGCAGCUAUUUUGGGAUUGUUCAAAAAAUGUCAUGGGAAGUGGCAGAGUCUGAUGUUGACUGUAAACUACAGACCUUCAUCUAGAAACAAUCGGAGGAAAUGGAGGUUUUAAAUACAAAUGGUUUAUUUUUAGUGUGAACAGUUAGUUUGGGAUUGACUGAUGACAUAAUAUAGACCGAUAUGACACACAGGAACUCUUGACAGCAAUAGUGAACAACAAACCUAUAUCUAGCUUUGAGCAACACUAGCAUUCACACAUGAUUUUAUCUGUGUUUGAUGUGGUUAUUCAGUUUCAUGUGAAGUGCCAGUUUCCUGCUCUAUUGGCUGAAUUUGACCCAAGAAACCACUUAAGGAGAAAAACUGUCUCUUCAGCUCUUCUCUGCACUUAUUCAAGUCUUAGAUUACAUGCAAAUGUUUUCAUUGUAAAUGACUAGUUUUAGAUUAUCCAGAGAUAACAUAUAGUGAACCACAAAUCUGCUUCUAGAAACUAUUAGAGAGGGAAAGAAAUCUCAGAUGUCCCUGAUGUUUGUCUAUAGGGCCAUAACUAGAUUACAGUAAUUUGCGGGUAGUAGCAAAAAAGAAUCAAGGUACAGCAAUAUAGUCUUUUUUCCGGUCAGACAAAAAGGAUCGUUUUGAACAAAAAAAAUACUUUUCUUUUUAUUGUUCUGCCUUUGACAUCCCACCCCCAAUGCCCACAAGCACACAUAUAAUAGGUAUAUGAAUGAUUUAGCAUUACAUGACCAUACCAAUUUUAUAAGUGUGAACAAUUAGUUUAAGAUUGUCUGAAGGUAACACACCGACUCACAGCAAACCACAAACCUUACAUCUAAAAACCAUUAAUGAUAAAUGGAGCUUUUUUUGUUAAAUCUCUUAGCAUUAACAUUGUCUUGAAUGACAAUAUAAAAUGUUUCUAAUAUGAACUACUAGAUUGGGAUGUUGUUGCUUGAAAUUUUAUUAUUAUGUGUGGGUUUUUUUAAGAAGAGACUUUUAUUCACAUUUACAGAUAGAUCUUAGAUUUAUUAACACCUUAAAUUGCUUUGUUUUAAUGAUCAAAUUACUUCCGGUAGAUACAUGUACAAAACAAGUAAUUUGUAAGGGAAUACUUGUUUUAUUGUGUUAUUUUGCCAUGACAAGGGAUAACUGAGAGCAUUUGGUGUAAUCAGUAUUUGGUCUGUUAUGGGCUCUAUUCAGUAGCUUGUGAUAAUGUAAAUACAUAUUUUACAUUAUGAUGGGUCCUGAUAUUUUGUGUCUGACCUUUGACAUAUUAUUACCAUAUCUUCGAGCUAACACAUGUAUGUACAUCCUUUUAUUGCUUGUUCAAAGAAAAAUAUACUUUUUAUUGUCAUUUGUUUUUUCUUUUGCAAAACAAUUACCUUUUUAUGUUCUAUUUAUAUAUUUUUCAAAAUAUAGGAUAAAUAUUAAAUCUUUUUAUCUAUUUUAUAACUUAUUUUAUAUACAACUGAUUACUUAUAGUCUGUCCUACAGUGAUCACAUUUUUUCAUAUUAUAUAAUUUACUACAAGUUAUUUAUUUCCGAGCUGAUUGAUUUGUAAAUUGAACAAACAAAUUGUAUUUCUUUGUUAUUUCCAAAACACUUUUUACUUUUCUUCUUACAUCAAACCAAACUGAAAUUAUUUACAAAAAACAUUUUAAUAGAAUGAUGGGACAGACUAUAAUUCACUAUUAGGAAAUUCAUUAAAUAUACAGCAACCACUGGUGUUGUUUUUGUUAUUGAAAAAAUCCUGUCUGUUUACUUACAUUUUUAAAAAUAAAAGGUAACAAUAUAUUUAUUUUGCAAAACAAAAUGUGCUGAAAUUAAUAUUUUUUUCACGUCCUGUGUCUUAAUAUGUGUCUUUCAAAAUGUGAUUUAGAACUGGUUAGAUUUGAAAAUAAAGAUUGUUAUCAGUGACAAAAACUGCGAAAGAGAGAACUUACUUUGAUAAUGUGCAUAAUAGUUAUGUGACCCAAAAAUCUCAAUAUAACAUACUCAUUGGUGUUACAUGCAUAUUACUCAUAGUUGAAUACUCAAUAUAUAUAUAAAUGUAUCGAAAUAUUUACUAAGUAUUUUAUAUUACAAACAUAUACACAUUUAUUUUGUCGGUACAUGUAUGUGCUUCAUGUUUAUAUAAUUAUAUUUAAUUUUAUUAAAGUUUCUGAUCAUAAAGGUAAAGUUCGAUGCAAUUAAAAUAAUAUUCCCAUUAGAGUGGCAGUUUAUAGAUUUAAUUAAAUGUUUUGAAAAUAUUGCAAACAUUAUUUUAAUAAACACUGUCAAAAAACGUACAAUUGUAAUGCAAGCUGUUAUUAAAAUCUACUGCAUGCUAGUAAUUACAGGUAAUUUUGAAGGUUUUAUAAUGGUAUUUUUUAAACCGUAAAUUUGUUUUUAUAUUACUUUGCAUAUUUUAUACUUUUUUUGAAGUAUCAAGUACUGUAUAUCUGUACUGUAGUUUUGCUGUAACUUGUUUGAACUGUAAUUUUGUGUGUAUUAUUGGAAUGUUUAAGGUUUGUUGUUUAAAGUUUGUGUAAGAGUAAGUUCGCAUGAUUUUUGCCUAGUUAAGUGAACCACUUAGUACAGAUUAGAUUAAUUACCAUAGUAUAUAUACUCACAGCCAAAAGAAACUUUACAAGUGUUAUAUUUGAAUCUGGUUGGAAAUGGCAAAUAAUAAGAAUAAUAUUGUUUGUGAUAUAUAUAGUUUAAUGGUUCAAUAGCAAAUGUAAAUAAGGAACAAAAACAACGUGACUGCAUGUAACAAUGGCGUAAUAAUGUGAAAGUCACAUAUGGGGUCAAAAACCACUUUUACAUUGAAAUGUCACACAACGAAGUCUAGCAAAAUUUGGUAUUUCAGACUCCAUACUGACUCUAAUAACGUGUGUGACCACUGUGAGCUUGGAUACAUGCAUGCACACGUCUUUGCAUAGACGUCGUCAACCUUCUGAUUACGUCAAUCGGGAUGCGUCGCCAUUCCUCAACCAGGAAUUGUUGCAGUUGUUGUCUGUUGAGCGGGGGCUGUUGUCUCCGUCGAAUCUGGCAAUCAAGGUAGUCCCAAAGAUGUUCGAUAGGUGACAUGUCAGGAGAGCGUGCAGGCCAUGGCAAAACGUUAACAUUGUUCUGAUGGAGGAAGUCCUUGACAAUGCGAGCAACGUGGGGUCUGGCAUUAUCAUGCUGGAAUGUGAUACCUUGGGGCUGCUGCUGUAGGAAUGGCACCACAACUGGUCUUAGCACUUCAUCCCUGUAACGUUGAGCAUUCAGAUUGCCAUCAAUGAUGACAAGUUCGGUGGUCUGAUUGCCACAGAUGCCUCCCUACACCAUUACACUACCACCUCCGAAAGGUUCGACUUCAAUAAUGCAACAAUGGGCUGUACGUUCUCCUCUGCGUCGAUACACUCUCACUCUCCCAUCCCCCCGGAAAAGGCAGAACCUACUCUCAUCGGUAAAGAGAACCCUUCGCCAAUCACGGAUCUGCCAACGCCUCAACUGCCUGGCCCAUUGUAGUCGCAGCUGGCGGUGUUGAUCUGUUAAUGUGGUCCCGCGGUACGGUCUGUAGGCUCUGAUACCAGCAGCACGCAAUCUUCUUGUCACGGUCUGUCUGCUCACAUGGUAGCCGAAUGCCGUUGCCACUGAUGACGUCACCGUCAAAAACCGAUUACAUAGGUGUAAUGUUUGUAGGUAUCAGUCAUCCUGCAAAAUUAUGACUCGUGGUCUACCCGUUCUUGGCCUGUCCGAGGUCCGACCUGUCUGUUGGUAUCGAUUUCUCAGGUUACCAACAGCAACUCUGGAACAUCCAAACGUCCUUGCGACAUGAGCGUUAGAUGCCCCCAUUUGUAUCAUGCCAAUGGCAUGCUCGCGUUGUUCUGCAGUAAGUCGUGGCAUUCUUUUGGUGGUUUUCUAUCAAAUGCAUACCCUACUUGAAUGUUGGCUCAUUUUAAUACCUUCAUUGCACGUGUUAAUUUUGUAGGUGGUGAAAAACGUGAUUUCUGAUUUUUUUUUCACGACCUGAAAAGCAUGCAACGUUCUCUUUCAAAUAUACUGUAAAAAGUAGGUUACGAUUAUAGGAUUGUUUGUGCAAUUGAUUACGUUCAGAUAUAUGAAUGAUUUCACAUUCAAAAAAUUAUUUUCGUUUGUAAAGUUUCUUUUGGCCGUGAGUAUAUAUUACGAUCCAUCAUCAAAUCGUGACUCUAUGAAAAUUAGUGAAAAAUGUUAAUCAUUUUAUAUUGGUGAGAUUUUACUUGGGAAGUUGGAAACAAUUGUAUUGAAAUUAUAGUAGCUAGCUGAUUACAUUGUAUACUAUACAUGCAUUUGUAAUGUGCCUGUGUUAGUCUCGUCAUAUAUUCAUGCUACAAAUACAUGUAGGUAAUUGAUUUAAGCUGGAAGUAGAUGCUGCCUUGUGUGAAAAAAACUGUAUUAUGGUGCUUAUUAACGGGUAGAUGUUACAUAUUUUAGGCAUAGUUUUCAAUCAUUUGUUUACUUAUAUUUAUGAGUUAUUGCUAGAUUAGUGUAGUGGGACAUUCACAAUGCAGUAAGGCCAUGUAUGCAUUUAGUAUAAGCUUCAUUAUUUAUGUAGUUAUUCAAUGCAGUAAGGCCAUGUAUGCAUUUAGUAUAAGCUUCAUUAUUUAUGUAAUUAUUCAAUGCAGUUUUAUUGAAAUCAUGUUACAUUAACAAAGAAAUCUCAAAGUAGGUCACUAUGACACAGUUUGAUGACUUUUUAAUUUUUUAAUUCUUUUUUUUUAGAUAAUACUAUAUACAUGUAUGUGUACAAUUAUAUUAUACAAUACCUAAUAAGGGAACACAGGCAGGCAAACAAACAUACAUGUACUACUAUAUUGUAUGAUUAUUAAUUUUAUAUAUACUAUAUAUCUAGGCCAUACCGACUACAGUAACUAUAACCACAUAUUACCAAGCAAGUUGUGUAUAUUAUUGGGUUAUUAUAUAGUGUGUGCACAUUUGUGUUUUGGUAACUGCUUGCAGUCCAGUAAUCACACUGAUGAUCAGUAGAAAGUAUAUCAAUCAUUUUUUUUCGAAAUGGUAAAAACGACAUAAAAACAAGUUGAUGCAAGUCUUGUAUUUUGAAAAUAUAAUCAUUUGGCGAGAUAUGAACACUGAUAUACACAAUAAUUAACAUCAUAUGUGAACACCAUAGUUCAAAAAAAGCACUACGGGUAAAAUGUUUUUCACAUAAAAAUGUUCUGGUAUACUUUCUUUGAUUGUCAGUACCAAUAUAUAUAUAUAUAUAUAUAUAUAUAUAUAUAUAUAUAUACACACACACACACACACACACACACACACACACACAUAAAGAGUUGAAUCCUGUUGGCUCGAACCCUGUCGGUGCUUGAGAAAGUGUUCGACCCGUUGGGUAGUUCGAUCUAACCAGUUGGUCAACAACAUGUAAGUGCAACUCAGGACUUCAUUUUUGUUUCGAUCAUUGUGGUGUAUUUGACCCUUCCUAGUUCGACCCAACGAGAUUCUACUGUGUGUGUGUGUAUAGAUAUAUACAUAUAUUGUGCUCAUCACUGAAAACAUAUUAUCAGUAUCCCCGUCCUAAUUUCAAUGACAAUUACUGGUCAUUUUUCAGUCAGCGGUUUUGUCAUGGUUUUUAUUAAAUCUACUUGGACUGUAUUUGUGCAGAUACCAAUAUUUUUUUUUCUAACUAAGAAUAAAUAAUGGUGCAAUAGGAUUUUUUUUAUACUGUGUAUUUACUAACAGUAGUUUUGCGAGAUUAAUUUUAUUUAUUAUGGAUAUAUGAUUUGUGUGGGUUUUUUGUGAUGUAUCUGUGCUAUGCGUUCAGUUGUUAGUGAGGACUGCUUAUGUUUUUGUUUUGUUUUUUUAUUACACAUGUAUAUGUGUAUAUUUUUAGAAAACUGUAUUGAAACUGUAAGUGACCAAAAGGCAGAAAAUAGUAGUUUUGUAUAUUGAAUAAAUAUAUGGUAGAGAGCGCUGCCUGAAAUGCUAUUUUUGUUUCAGACCAUUUAAAAUUGAAAGUGGCUCCUCUGGUCUAAGACUCCAGUGUAUAACCUCUGGUAGUUACAGACCAUUUCAGCUGAAUUUAAUCAGAUUGUGUGUGCACACAGGUACAACAGUUUAAUUUUCUUCGUUUUGGUUUUACAUUAUUGAAACCAAAACUAGGUCUGUUUCGCCAUUUUCAUAAUCCAUUAGGAUCAUUAUUGAGGUAGAAAGUGCUCACAUUUUAAAAUACCCGGUGUUAUCAUUAUAUACACUGUUCUGAGUUUGCUGCCAUUGUAAGAUGGGGUUUAUUUUACUAAUGGAUCCUUUUUAAUAACUAAAAUUAAACCUUUUUAAAUACAUCUUUAGAACGUCAGUGUCUGUAUAUUGUAAUAGCUCAAACUUUGGGUUUUUCUAUGAGGAGGGAUCUAGCUCAGUUGGUAGAGAGCACUUACCUGAGGCGCUUUGAUCAUAGAAUCUAACUUCUGCAGACCAAAUCUCAAUGGUAUGCACUGUCCUGUUUGUGGGAAAACUGCAUAUAAAAGAUCCCCAUGCUGCUAAUGGAAAACUAUCUUGUUUUCACAAAGACUAUGUCGGAAUUAUCAAAUGUUUGACAUCCACUAGCCGAUGAUUAAUUAAUCAAUGUGCUCUAGUGGUGUCAUUAAACAAAACAAUUGACAUCCUACAGCCAAUGAUUAAUUAGCCAAUGUGCUCUAGUG